UCAGGAUCUUUCCGCUUUGCUGAAGACUUGCCUGAGAAGGAAGCAACAUCAGAGGAAUGCAGGGAGGAGGAGAAAAAGAAGACUGAAGUAAAGAAGUCUGAAGAAAAGAGGGGGAAGAAGAGGAGCGAGAGUGCGGAGGAAGAGGAGGAAGAGGAGGAAGAGGCAGGUCCCUCUACCCAGUCCACACCUAGCAAGAGGAAAAAGCUGCAGAAACUAUCUUACAGUUCUCCGAUCAGUAAGGGCGUGAAGGAGGACAUCUGGACAUGGCCGUUGCACAAGACAUGGCUCCCCAUCACCUGUGGCAACAAGGAAGGCAGCCUUCACCGAGACAAACUGGCCAAAGGAGAAGAGUGUAUCCUGGCAGAGGGGCGCUGGUUUACCCCAUCGGCCUUUGAAGAAUUUGGAGGAAAGAAGAGCAGCAAAAAGUGGAAGAUGAGCAUUUGCUGCCAGGACACCACCCUGCAGAAACUGAUCGAGGAGGAUCAUUUGAAAUGCCCGCGUUCCUUCUCACAACAGAGUUUGUCCAGUCAGAGCAAACAGGGCAGCCGCUCAGGAUCUUCUUCAGACAGUGAGAGGCCUGCACAGAGCCGUGGGAAGAGAAGGACAACUUCAUCACAUCCCAGGCAGUCUGAGCACAACAUCUCUGAAUCAGACACUGAUUUUGAAGAAGAAGAAGAGGAGGAGGAGGAGGAGGAGGAACAGGAGAAUGACCAAGAGGCAGUUGGUAAUGGAGAUGAGGAGUGCCAAGGUGAAGUGGAUAAGCCAGAAUUUCUGUCUGUCACCUGUGGAUCAGCUACUGGAACUUUACAGAAAGAUCGCUUUGCAUCAGGGACCUCUGGGAAGUGCAUACGGACGGCCAGCAAAUGGCUGACCCCCGUCGAGUUUGCCCGGGAGGACCCGGUGUUGGCCAACAGCUCCUGGAAGAAAAGCAUCCUGUGCCAAGGAAUCCCCAUCAGUGACCUCAUCGAGAGGCGAGUUUUGAUACCUCACUCGCUCCUGUGUCGGUGCAGACUCUGCAGCAAGAACAAGAAGGACCUGAUGGAGCAGGAGAACGAUGAUUACUGCGCUGUCUGCGUUCGGCGGGGAAGCUUGCUGUGCUGUGACCAGUGCCCCCGGGCCUUCCACACAGGAUGCCACCUGCCCACUGUGGACAAGGGCACGCUGGGGGAGCAGUGGCUGUGUACAUACUGUGUGCUGACAAAGAGCCAGGGCUGGAGAUACACGUGUGACCGGUCUCUCACACAGGCUCUGGAAAGCUGCAUCUCAGACUUCAUGCUGGAAUGCCAGUAUCUCCUGCUUCAGCUCUACAAUGCUGACAAGGAUCAUAUCUUCUUCUCUGACCCAUGUGACACAGUGACUUGCUACAGGGAUGUCAUUGAGGACCCUAUGUGGCUGGACAAGGUUGCAGAGAAGCUGCAGGACAGGCAGUACUCCUCUGUAGGCCAGUUUGUCUCUGACAUCCAUCUCAUCUUUAAAAACUGCGCCACAUUCAACAGGGACAAUGAAUUUGGACAAACGGGUGCAAGACUCAGGCAAUUAUUCGAUGAGGAAUUUCAACAUGUCUUCAGUGUGAAGAACUGACUUAAAUGUUUGCAUUGUGAGCUGUCCUCUCAAUGUCUAAGCAAGUGUGUAUAACAGCCGAAAACUGUCCUGUUUUUUCGGUGUUAUAUGUCCCAUAACUUUGAGUACACAUAACAGGGUGUCAGACGCAUACAUGUAGAUUUCAUAUGAAAUAUUAAUCAUUCAUAAGUACUACAACUUCAGGCCUCAUAAAGCCACUUUUUGCAAGUCAUAACCUGGAGUUUUUUAGUUUUUAAAACGUAUUUUUAUAUUUGGGAGUUAUGUAUUAUGUGAUCACAAAAUACCUUCAAAAAAAUGUGUAUUUCAUUUUUUUAAAUAAAAAUAUACGUUAAAAAUUA